UUCAUUGAGAACACACGUCAUUCACGAGUUUACAUAUCCCAACACCUCCCUAAAAGAAAGUCAAGAAAAGUUAGAUUUCAGAUCACAACCCCAUUUAGGAAAACAGGCAGGAAAAUGAAGCUGAUCCCUUCAAUCUUCAAGAACAAAGAAACAGCAAAGAACCAUCAUUCCUUGAUGCAGAAAUGGCCCUCUUGCAACCAGCCCAAGACACUCUCUUUUCGAGCCGGGGAUGACGUGUUCAAGACGGUUAACUCUGUCUACUUCGACCCUUUGGAUAUCGGGAUAUCUGAAACACAAGAUUCUUGGUUUACAAACUCAUCAGAGUCGGCCAGCUUCUCAACUGAAUCCGAGGAAAACUCAGGGGAAGAGUCACUGGAGAUGAUACUUCGGGGAGUGAGGUCAGAAAGGUUGUUUUUUGAGCCUGGAGGAAGAAGUUCUAUGAUCUUAGAAGAAGAGGAAGAAGCAGCAGAAGUUGAGAAAAGCUGCGAAACUUUUCCACCUCUGAAAGAGAGUGUUGUGCUAGCCAUGGAAUCGGAGGAUCCUUAUUUGGAUUUCAAGAAGUCUAUGGAGGAAAUGGUGGAGACAAAUGGAUUAAAAGAUUGGGAAUCUUUGGAAGAGUUGCUUGCAUGGUAUCUAAAGAUGAAUGGGCAGACAAAUCACGGAUUUAUUGUGGGGGCUUUUGUUGAUUUACUCAUUGGACUUGCGUCUUCCAAUUCUAACAAGUCUUGUUCUGACCAUGAUCAUGAUUCUUCAUUUUUGUCUGCUUCUUCUUCUUUCUCUUCUCCUACUUCUUCUCCUCUAUCUCCUGUUGGUCGAAAGGAGAAGAAGGAGAUUGAUAAUGAUGAUGCAGGAGACCAGAUAGUGGAAGAACUGCAUUAGUCUUAGCGUUCAUUUUGUAUACUAUUAAAUUUUGUAUAUUAGUAGGAUGCUCAAGAAAUGAACAAUGUACACCACAUGUCAA